CUAUCUUGAGACUGGCUGAAAUGAUGGUUAAUUUUCAACUUCUCGAGAACUAACAAAGAUGGAAGCAUAGCGUCUCUCUGAGAUUUACUGGUUGGAUUUCGCCGCCCUUCUGGAGGUUGGUCGUCGUAUACGUUGGCAGAAACAAUGAACCGUCGCCGUAGUUGCCAAGAUAGCUCCGAUGUUUCAUCAAUCUCCUGGGUAAAGAGUUUUCAUUUCUUCAAGAUAAUCCAUUCCUCCAUUCUUCAACAACGACAACUUGUGAUCCCAGAAAAGUUUGUGAGGAAAUUGAGGGGAAAUCUCUCUACUGUUGCAGUCCUUACCGUUCCCAGUGGUAAAGUAUGGAGAAUAGGGUUGAAGAAGGUGAAUGGAAAACUAUGGUUCCAGAAGGGUUGGCAAGAGUUCGUAGAGUAUCAUUCUUUAGGCGAAGGGCACGUCUUGGUUUUUAGAUAUGAAGGGAAUUCACAUUUUCAUGUCCUUAUAUUUGAUACCACAGCCUCUGAGAUAGAGUAUCCAUGUGAUCAUACUGAGAAUCAUUUAGAAACCAGCCUGAUACCAUGCAAGGUAAAGGAAGAAAUAUUGCAAGAGGAUUCUCUGGAAAUCUUGGAUGUUUUUCCACCUUCCCUGGGAAACCCUGCUUCUCUAGCUACUCCAAGCAGUAAGGGUGUCAUUAAGGAACGACUAGAAGAUCAAUGCACGACUAGAGGAAGAAGAGAAAAUCACCCAAGAUGGUCAAGGAAAAGUGAGCCGAGUUGUGGAACAAAGAACCAUGGCAAUGGCAAUCCACAUCCACAAGCAUCGAGUACUCCUUCUGUUGGGCAUAAAGGGAUGCAUGGUUUUGCAGAGACGGAAAAAAAGAGUGCAAUCACAAGUGGAACCAAAAGGCGCCCUGAUUCUAGGGCUUUUGCAACGAGGGGUUUGACAAUCCAAGAAAGAAGUAGAGUUGGUAAAGCUGCAAGAGCAUUUAAGUCCAAGAAUCCUUUCGUCUCGGUUAUUAUGCGUCCAUCAUAUGUUGGUGGAGGAGGAAGAGGAUGCAGUCUGGAUCUACCAAUGGAGUUCUGUAGGAUAUAUUUGACAGAGGAGAUGCAGAGGAACAUCAAAAUGGAGGAUUCUGACGGGAGAUCGUGGUCCGCCCGGCUUUUCUUUGAAGGAAAUGGUGCAGUGAGGAUAUGCAAAGGUUGGCGUAAGUUUGUGCGGGAAAACCAUUUGAAAUUAGGUGACAUCUGCAUCUUUGAGCUGGUUGAAAGAAACCCUGUCAAGCUGAAAAUUGUCAUCUUUCGGAUGGCUGAGAAUUAGAUUACCCCUAGUCCCUAAGACACCAGUUUAUAUCCAACAGAUAUAAUGUAGGUAAGCUUAUUCCGUAAACAAUUAGGGAAAUUCUCUUAAGUUAUCUCUGAGUUUUAGCAGUUUUUAAUAUUUGCAAAAUCCCUUAAAUACAGUUGACAAUCAUUAACCACUAGGGAUGUCAACGAAUUGGGUUUGGUAUGGGUUUGUCUCAAUCCUAACCUAGCCCUUCAGUGUCCCAAUCCCAACCCAACAUGACCUGAUUCAAAAAUACAUCAUU